CCAACAGGGUUAACCAUAGUCGGUAAUCACACCAAGAAAGUUAGUAACUCGGUGGGCACACCGACGAUUCGAGUUUGGCGCGAUACGCAAUAGAUAAACGUAGGAAAUUGGUAGGAAAUCUAUUCUCUUUCUCUUUAUUUCUUUACGUGGCAAACGCUGGCAAACGCAAAACGUGCAGAGCGCAACAAACGUGGUGCUGUGGAACCUAACCUACGAAUUAAUACACAGAAGAAUAAAUUUAAAGUGCAAAAAUGUACUUAAUGUAUUAUUUAAAUGAAAACGGAGAUCGAGUGUACACGCUGAAGAAGAUGGAUCCACAUGGUCAUCCAACAUUAUCAGCUCAUCCAGCUCGAUUUUCGCCGGAAGACAAAUAUUCCAGAGAAAGAAUAACAUUAAAACGUAGAUUUGGUUUGUUACUCACACAACAACCAUUACCUACUUAUUAAUAUUUCUGACUUUUAUAUGUACAUGUAUGAUUCAAAAACACUAUUCUUCACAAGAUUCAUAUAUGAAUACAGGUAAUGUACAUAGCUAAUUGAUAUUAGGGAAGCAUCAGUGUACUAUGUGGCCUGUUUAUUAGAUUGUAUUAUGUCCAGUACUUCACACACUAUCAUUGUCAUCAAAAAUAUGUAUUGUAUAUAUCAGUAAUUACUUUUUGUAACAAUUUAAAUGUACAUAUAUUUCCCAAUAAUUUGGUUUCUGAUAAUAUACUGAAUGUAAAAAUACAUUUCAUAUUUAAUAGACAUAUUGUAUGUAAUGGAUUAACUGUUCACCUUCUUUAAUAAAAUCCUUUUUAUUCAGA